UUCUCCAAUAAUUCAUUCUAGCAUUGGAAUCCAUACUUGCUUUUGGCCAAACCAGAACUGAGCCAGCUUCGCUACCAAGAAAUUAUUGCAUUUUAUCAAUACAAACCAAUCUUUUCCACUUUGGUGGUUUGAUUUUGGAUCGCUUACCUUCAUUUUUCCUUGAUUCAUCACUCACUUUUCUCUACAAACCAACAGACAUGGCUGGGGCUUUAGUUGGGGGAGCUUUCCUCUCGGCUUCUCUUCAAGUUCUAUUUGACAGGUUGGCUUCUCGCGAGGUUGUGAGCUUCCUCCGGGGGCAGAAGCUCAGUGAUGCGCUCCUGAAGAAGUUGGAAAGGAAGUUGCUGGUCGUCCAUGCAGUGCUCAACGAUGCUGAGGUCAAACAAUUUACAGAUCCAUAUGUGAAGAAGUGGCUGGUCUUGCUUAAAGAGGUUGUGUAUGAUGCGGAGGACAUAUUGGAUGAGAUCGCCACAGAGGCUUUGCGACACAAGAUGGAAGCUGCGGAGUCCCAAACCAGCACAAGUCAGGUGGGUAACAUCAUGGACAUGUCUACCUGGGUUCAUGCCCCAUUUGACAGUCAGAGCAUAGAAAAGAGGGUGGAGGAGAUCAUUGAUAGACUUGAAGAUAUGGCACGAGACAGAGCCGUCCUUGGGUUGAAAGAAGGUGUUGGCGAGAAACUGUCACAAAGGUGGCCUUCUACUUCUUUGGUGGAUGAAUCUCUUGUCUAUGGCAGGGAUGAUGAAAAACAGAAGAUGAUUAAACAGGUGUUGUCUGAUAAUGCAAGGAGGGAUGAGAUAGGUGUGAUUUCCAUAGUGGGCAUGGGCGGCCUUGGCAAGACCACACUUGCUCAGCUUCUAUAUAAUGACCCAAGGGUGAUGGAACACUUCGAUUUGAAGGCAUGGGUUUGUGUUUCCGAAGAAUUUGAUCCUAUUAGAGUUACAAAAACAAUUCUGGAGGAGAUUACUUCAUCCGCUUUCGAGACAAAUAACCUAAAUCAGCUUCAAGUUAAACUGAAAGAGAGAAUUAAUACGAAGAAAUUUCUACUUGUCUUGGAUGAUGUUUGGAACGAGGACUCUAGUAACUGGGCUAUGCUACAAACUCCACUCAAAGGCGGGGCAAAGGGAAGCAAGAUUGUUGUAACGACCCGCAGCACCAAUGUUGCAGCAGUUAUGCGCGCUGUUUAUUCUCAAUGUCUUGGUGAACUAUCCUCUGAAGAUUCCUGGUCUCUGUUUAGAAAACUCGCAUUUGAAAAUGGAGACUCGAGUGCGUAUCCACAACUAGAAGCAAUUGGUAAGAAGAUUGUGGACAAGUGCCAAGGUUUGCCACUAACUGUAAAAACAGUGGGGGGCCUUUUACAUUCUGAGGUUGAAGCGAGGAAAUGGGAUGAUAUACUAAACUGCCAAAUAUGGGAUUUGUCCACUGAUACAGUUCUUCCUGCAUUAAGAUUGAGUUACAAUUAUCUGCCUUCACAUCUAAAGCAAUGUUUUGCCUAUUGCUCAAUUUUUCCCAAGGACUACGAAUUGGAGAAAGAGCAGCUAAUUUUGUUAUGGAUGGCUGAAGGUCUUUUACAAGAAUCCAAAGGCAAGAGAAGAAUGGAAGAGAGCGGGUCGGGGAUUGGAGAAUUGAAGGAACUUUCAGAUAUAAAGGGAACACUUAGAAUUUCUAAGUUGCAGAAUGUGAAAUGUGGCAGGAAUGCAAGAGAAACCAAUUUGAAGGACAAGAUGUACAUGGAGAAGUUAGUGUUGGAUUGGGAAGCAGGUGAUAUUAUACAAGAUGGAGACAUAAUCGAUAAUCUUCGGCCUCAUACAAACCUAAAGAGACUAUCUAUUAAUCGUUUUGGUGGUUCGAGAUUUCCGACAUGGGUAGCAAAUCCUUUAUUCUCUAAUCUCCAGACCCUAGAGCUUUGGGAUUGUAAAAAUUGCUUAUCAUUGCCACCACUUGGGCAGCUACCCUCUCUUGAACACUUACGGAUCUCAGGAAUGAAUGGAAUAGAGAGGGUGGGCAGUGAGUUUUAUCAUUAUGGGAAUGCUUCUUCCUCCAUUGCAGUUAAGCCUUCCUUCCCAUCCUUACAAACUCUAACAUUUCAGUGGAUGGGCAAUUGGGAGAAAUGGUUAUGUUGUGGAUGCAGACGUGGAGAAUUCCCUCGUCUCCAGGAGCUUUGUAUGUGGUGUUGUCCUAAACUCACUGGCAAAUUACCAAAACAGCUUCGAUCCUUGAAGAAACUUGAAAUUGGUGGAUGUCCGCAGCUGCUUGUGGCUUCACUUAGAGUUCCUGCAAUCAGUGAAUUGACGAUGGUCGAUUGUGGUAAAUUGCAUUUGAAAAGGCCAUCUAGUGGCUUCACUGCUCUUCAAACCUCACACGUUAAAAUUUCAAACAUCUCUCAGUGGAAGCAACUACCAGUGGGAGUGCAUAGCCUCUCAAUUAGAGAAUGUGAUUCAGUGGAGACUCUAAUAGAAGAGGAACCGCUCUAG